UUAAGCAAGAUGGCGCUGGGCGACAGAGAAAAGUGAUGAGAGAAUAGAACAACAAGCGAUACAACUAAAUAACAGUGAGCAUUUGUUUACCCUGUGCGACUGUUUUAAAACCGGACCGCUAUCUUAUCAUCUGGAAGCUGCCAGGCACCUACGGAGAGACCGCACCGGUCUACGGACAUAUAAUUAAUCAGCCAACUGUUUGCUAACUAGCGGCUAAAGUAGCUAGCAUAGCUAACGUUCGCUAACUGCGGAAGGCGAGUGAGGAGAAGGCUGGCAGGCGGCUCGAAGUAACGUUACAAACCGACAAGUCGAGCAGCUGAUUUAAAAACAAGCAACCUGUCCGUGUGAUACAUCAACUACCAGUACAGAGUUUCUGGCACGGACCGGGUCAUCCUAACCAGGGGUCGGCGAGGAAACACCUCUGAUAAGGAAGGCAGAAAAAGACGAGAGGCGUCAUUUUUGCUGAUCUGACGCCAUGGCUCAUUCCCCUAUUCAGAGCGGACUGCCGGGGAUCCAGAACUUCAGAGCUGAUCCAGAGGAGUAUUUUACCAAGCUGGACAGAAUAGGCAAAGGCUCUUUUGGAGAAGUUUUUAAAGGCAUCGACUGUCGGACUCAGAAAGUUGUGGCCAUUAAAAUUAUUGAUCUGGAAGAAGCGGAGGAUGAAAUAGAGGACAUUCAACAGGAGAUCACAGUCCUCAGCCAGUGUGACAGUCCCUUCAUCACCAAGUAUUAUGGAUCAUACCUAAAGGGUACAAAACUAUGGAUUAUUAUGGAAUAUCUGGGUGGAGGAUCAGCCCUGGAUUUGUUGGAACCAGGCUCCCUGGACGAAACGCAGAUUGCCACAAUUCUGAGAGAGAUCCUAAAAGGGCUGGAGUAUCUGCACUCUGAGAAGAAAAUCCACAGAGAUAUCAAAGCUGCCAACGUGCUGCUGUCAGAACAAGGCGACGUGAAGCUGGCAGACUUCGGAGUGGCAGGCCAGCUCACGGACACUCAGAUAAAAAGGAACACGUUUGUUGGUACUCCUUUCUGGAUGGCACCUGAAGUCAUAAAGCAAUCAGCCUACGAUUCAAAGGCAGACAUCUGGUCAUUAGGAAUAACAGCAAUAGAACUGGCUAAAGGAGAGCCGCCGCACUCUGAGCUUCAUCCCAUGAAGGUCUUAUUCCUCAUCCCAAAGAACAAUCCACCAACACUGGAAGGAAACUACAGCAAACCACUUAAAGAAUUUGUUGAAGCCUGUUUAAAUAAGGAGCCCAGCUUUAGGCCAACUGCCAAAGAGCUGUUAAAACAUAAGUAUAUUGUAAGGCAUGCCAAAAAGACGUCCUAUCUGACAGAGCUGAUUGACAGAUACAAGAAGUGGAAGUUACAGCAGUCUCGGGAUGGAUCCAGCUCGGAUGAAUCUGAUGAGGAGCCAAAUGGCCAGGCUUCUGGUGGAGAUGACGCUGCCAAUGAUGACUGGAUCUUCAACACCAUCAGAGAGAAGGACCUGAAAAACUUUCAGAACGGGGCAGCACAGCCUGCUGAGCUCGAAAGGACACAGGUGCAGGAGAGUCCAAAGAGGCCUUUGUCACAAAGCUUAUCAACAAUCUUUUCUCCAUUGUUUUCUGAGCUGAAAGAAAAGGGUGAGACGAGUAAUGGCAAGCCGGAGGCUGCAGAGGAGCUGCGGGAGGCCAUUUUCCUGGCAGAAGAAACACACCCAGGGAUCUGUGACUCCCUGGUAGCUGAACUAGUGCAGAGACUUCAGAGGUUUUCUGUGCCACAGGCAGCUGCCAGUCACUGAGAGGAGCUACAUCCAGCUCUGCUCUAAUUUUCCACCCUGGUGGCAGCAGUCAGAUCUUUUCCUCUGACCUCCACAGCCGGGAUGAAGUCUCCCAGGAAGGUCUCCAUCACUCAUUUGCCUGAAGCAAAUCCUGGCCUACUUAAUGUCUGUUUAUACGCUAGAACACCACCAGAGGGUCCUAUUUAGGACAGUCAGUGGCCAGCCACUCAGCUGCCACCAUGACUGCCACCUGCUGUAAGAUGUCCCUUCUCAAUACCUCCUUCACAACUGUUUUUUAUUUUAAUGGUGGAGUCAGCUAUCUUCUUUCUUCAAGGACUCUUGGAGUUAUUGGUUUUGGUGAGUUUGUGGCUUUUUCACAAAGGUUUAAACUCAGCAUCCUUUUUUGGAGAAAGUACCUUGCUUAAUAAAUUGUGUGCAUGUGCGUGUGGCUGUGCGAGAUAUCCUGUGAAAUGUGCAGUGAAGAAGAGUGACGAGUGGGUUGAAGCAUUCUAUUGAAAACUCAGGUAUCCUGCUUUAAGUGGAUUGGGUCCUCUGGGAGACGGAGAGAGCUCUUUAGGGUGGUUGUACAGCCUUGUAAAUAAGCUAAUUUCUACAGAUUCAUGAAAAAAUAAUGGAGCGUUUGUAAUGGAACCACUGUGUACAAAUGGCCAAAUGCAAACUGUAGAUAAUGGUUGUGAGGUAAAUAUUUUGAGAGACUAAAAUGGCCAUAAAUGAGAUUGCCUUGCCUUUCUACUUGUUCUUUUGUAUAUCAGUCUUUGAUUUCUCCAGUUGUAAAACUUUUUAAGUACUCAUCCAGUGAAUGAAAAUGGCUGCCCUCUAUCAUGUUUUACUAGUGAUUUAUUAUGUAUUUCUUAAUGCUCUUUAAAGUUUUGGUUUCAUUCUCUAUGCUGUGGCUGUAAUAUUGUCGGAGAAUGUAAAAAACAAAAGGCUGGAUCGAUGAAGCCCCCACCAGUUUUUAACACUGGAUGCUCUGUUGCCAGCCCCGAUUCCACAAGGCCUCGAGAUGUGUUGGUUUGUUGGACUUUGCCUCAUCCUUUCUUUUCUUUUCUUUUCUUUUUUUUUUGCUGUGUGUUUUUGACUCGUUAGAUAAACUGAGGUUUCGUCCAUUCAUUCCAUUAACAGGGCAGUGCCAUCAUCUAGUUUAUAAAAUCAGCAGACUCUGUUAGUCUUCCUAGGAGCUGCAGUGGUACUAUCUAUCUCCUCAGUGUACCUACAGCUUUAAUUGCACUUCAAGUAUAAAUGCCUUUUGACUAUAAACAAAGUAGCCAUAAAACAGUAGCACGAGACUUACAGUAUUUUGCAGGUAUGCUAUCUGGGACAAAAAGAAAAGUCCGCCUGAAGUCUCACAGCUUGGACUCUGGUGUUGGUCAUGCAGUGUAUUAUUUGCCUGGCUGUAUCUUUCCAUUCGGACUUGUGAGAGGUUUUUUCAGUUGUACAGUAAAUGCAUAUAGACAAAGACUUCUCACAUAGUAGAUAACACUGCUCUCAGAUGUACAUAUUAACAUAAAGCUAGGAGGUGUUCAGAGACCAGCGGCACUGCUACUACUUCUGACUGUAGUUUUAAAAGGAAUGUGCAUGACAGUAUAACAGUAUAAGCCUGUUGGUUGGCCUGAGCGGUAUGCGUUGUAGCACACUGCGGCAGGACUGGAGGAAUGUUGAGUCCUGAACAGAGUUGAAUCAGCCUUAGAGUAUUUGUGAUGAAUGGGAUGAAUAGUAUCAGCUUUAAAAUGUUAGAUCCAAUGCUUUUGUUGUGAUUUCUUCUUGUUUCCCCCCUCUGGCAUUAAAAUGCAUAUGCAGCAAUACAAAGACAAAGACAAAUGAUAAAAGAUCAAAGAUAUUUCUUUCAUUCCUUGCCAGUAUGAUGCAUGCAUGAACAAAUGGACUCAUUUUUCUUUUUCUCAGAUGAGAGGGAUUUUCAUCAUUCUUACAGAGUCAGAUGAUAUAAUAUAUUUGCCACUGGCGAUAUACGGUACACAUUAAACAAGUUAAGAGAGAGUUCAGCAUUUGGGGAACAGAUGAUUUGCUUUCUUGGGGAGAGUUGGAUCAGAAGAUCGGUCUUAAGCCAUAGACUGUAUAUAAAGCUGGACGACACGUCUCAACUUCCUGUACAGCAAUGAAGCCAAAAUAUCUCUGAAAUGGCCACUACCAUCUUGUGCUGGUGACAUCAUUUGGAGGCAGAAUCUGUGCAGUAGUGAUCUCCAUUCUGUCAAGUUCCUGCUCAUACACCUAUCUGAGCAACUGUGGACAACACCAGUAAUUGCGAGCACACUGAUUGGCACACAGCUGUCAAACAUGAGGUCUAAUCCCCUUUUUAUAGUAUCAAAUAAUAAAUUAAAUUGAAUGUAUCAGAAAAACAAACACUUAACCUACAUCAGAGUGAUAACAACUUGAUGUGUACCUCAAGUUUUUAGUUUGGCCCAUGUGCCACACACUAACAUGGAGGGGGCGUGGUAUACUGCAGCCAGCCACCAGGGGGCGAUUGAGAUGUUUUGGCUUGACUUGUCGAGAGCCAUCAUGUCUUCCGUCUUUAUAUACAGUUGAUGGGCUAAGUAAUUAGCUUAGCACAAAGACUGGAAAUGGGGGAAACAGCUAGCCUGGCUCUGUCCAGAGGUAACUAAAGUUGCCUACCAGCACCUCCAGAGUUUACUAAUAAACAUGUCAUUAGUUUAAUUUGUACGAAUAACUGAAGUGUAAAACGACAGUUAGGACCAUUUCUUGGCUUGGAACAGUAACUUCCUGAAGUGUCUGCUGGUUACCUAGCAACAGAAAAUAAAUGCCAGUUGUUGCUAGCUGAACAAUAAUUUAAUUUCCUGUGAAGACGAGCUGUAUCCAUCAUCUUGUAUAACUCUCUUCAAGAAAGCAAAUUUCCCAUAAUGUCAAACUUUUCUUUUAACCCAUUUAAACAGAACAUUUCCUCCUAAUUUCUCUUUAAAGACACUAUUGUUUUCCCUUCUGCUUGGCAAUCAGAAGACACACUUCAAUGGGUAAAAUUCAAUAUUCUGUUUAAAUGAGUAGAAAUUUGUUUACCAAAUCAAGUAAAGGUACAAGGCUCAAUGAUUUCCAUUUGCACAGUUUUCCUUUGUGUUCUUUCUGCUCUUCUGUGAAAAAUGACUCUCCAUUUAAACUUCUCAUGUGAAAUGUGCCAUGUAAGCCCUCCAUCCCAAAAUCUCAAACAGACAAAUUCAAUACAGUUUGCACCUUCUACAUGGUCUUUUAUGACUCUUUACCUUUUUAUGUGUUGCACUCUGCAGAUUCUUUUUAAAACGGUACUUAAAGGGACAGUUUAUCCCCAAAUUAAAAAUGUAUGGGUUUUUUUUUUUUUGUUUGUUGUUUUUUGAGGGUUGUACUAUGAAGCAAGUUCAACAGAGCCAGGCUCUCUUUGCCUGAGCUGUCUUAACAAACCCUAAAGCCUCAUUGAAUUUUAUCUAUGAUAAAUACAAAUAGACUAAUCUAUAAACUGCAGUGUAAAAGAGACUUCAGGAAAUCAGGACCAGUCAUAAAAACUUCAUCGAAAGUGGUUAACGUUAUGGUUUGGUUUCAUGAAAUGACACUGCUUGUCAUAUAUAAGUAAAUGUCAUCCUAAGAAAUAAUAUAGUGAACUAUUAAUGUAUGCUACCUGUGAUUUUUGUAUUUGCGACACAUACAAUAAGCUCCACUGUAGUUGCACAGCUUUGUUGGGUGGCAUUUGUAACUUUUAACUCAACAAGUUGGUUAAAGUGCAUUUGUAAUGUGUUCAUUUAGCUGAGAAUCUGCGUUGCUCAUUAGGGCCUGGCCGAUACAGAUUUUUUGGGGCCGAUGCCGAUUCCAAUAUUAUGGAAUAAAAAAAUCCGAUAACCGAUAUAUCGGCAGAUUAAAUUUUUACGUUUUUCAAUUUAAAACCCCCCGAAAUACCUGCUUUUGAUGGCUUAAAUAUAGUUCAAACGCUGGUUACAAAGAUAUAAAUUGAAGGAGAUAUAAAUAUAAGUGUUAACAUCUAUGGCUAUAUAUGGCUAUAAUCGGCCGAUUAAAUCGAUGGGCUGAUAAAUCGGUCGGGCCCUAUUGCUCAUAUUGAAUAUUUACAUGUGAUGCAACUCAAAACAGUAGAGAAAGGCGCUUUUAGCUGAUUUCAAACCGAAACUCGAGAUUUGAUUUGCAGCAUAAGUUACCAUAGCAAUCUGGCCAGGUAAAAAGAAAGCUACCUUCGUAGGAUGGAAAACCCUGGCUUUAGAUUCAACAUACCUUGCUAAGCCACUGAUAUUGCUUCAUGGUACACCCCUGUGUAGUGCUAUUUGUCAGUCCAAAUUGUUUUGGUGCGAGUUGCCGAGUAUUGGAGAUAUCGGCCGUAGAGAUGUCUGCUUCCUGUCUGAUAUAAUGGAACUAGAUGGCACUUGGUUUGAGGUGCUCAAAGCGCCAUAAAGAUACAUUUGAGAAACUCAACAGGAAUGUCUUUUACAGAAACCAUGACCUGGUUACUCAAGAUAAUCCACAGAUUUUGUGGUGAGCAGUUUUAUGUAGGAACCUUUUUCUUUCUACAGAACUACACCCACCAACUACAUCACUGUGAAGAAGGAAGCGUGCAUUGGCUCAUGAAUGAGAGUCGACAUGUAAACAUUAAUGCUGUCUUCCUCGGUUGAGCUGUAACGUUAGCUAGCUCGGUGUUGCUAGGUAGGCUAGCAGUAGAUGCACAAAUCCUUCUGCAUGGUGAUACGAUUGGCGAUUGUAGUACAGUAGAAAGAAAAUAAUUCCGACAUGAAACUGCUCACAACAAGGUCUGUGGAUUAUCUUGAGUAACCAGGUCAUGAUUUCUAUAAAGAGACAUUGCUGUUGAUUUUUUUAAAAUGCUUUUUCCCCUCUCUCACUAUCUUGAUUAAUAAAUGGCACUACAGGUAGACUAAGAGGAAAAACAUGUAUUUUUGAUUUUGAGGUGAACUGUCCCUUUAAAAAAAAGGCUACAAUAUAAUGUCAUAAUAACACCAGUUUGAUUUUCUUUUUCCCACCUUUGUGUGUUGUAUGGCAAUAAAGCAGUGUGAUCGCCAGGAGUCAUUUCUUAGCACAAGUAGGCAUAUAUUCUAUUAAACUAUUUUUAUAACCCAAAAGAGCAGUAUUAUGUAAUAGAGGGAUAGAGGGAGUAAAAGUUUGGUUCUGUGAUGUGUUACAGUUUCAGUAAACACUGGAUAGCAAUCACUUGAAAUGUAUGUUUCAUUUUGUGUGACUUUGCUGACAGUUUAUAGUACAGUAUACAUGUUUGCUAAUUCAGGACAGUGCUGUUGGAUUUACUGAAGGUUGUCAAAUGAUUAAGGAAAAAGAAUAAAAAAUCCAGUACAAAUUUAA